AUGGUCAAAGCAGAGCUAAUACGCCGCACGAACAAGAAGUUAGACAACAGGGUUGCGGACGUUCUUCCCAAUAUCCAGACGCCGACUGAGUGUACGGCGCAAGUAGAAUACAGAUUUGCAGCAAAACGUCAACGCAAAGCGGAUACCCACAAAUUCUCUGACGCGCAGAUGCCGGUGAGAUGCGCCGCACAUCAGGCAUCUGAAAUCCAGGGCGGAAUUUCCGAACUCGGCUACCAGAGAGAUUCUCCGGAAAAUACUGAGGGUGGGAACUGCAGUCAUAUUGAGCAUUAUGGGUCGUGUGGGAAUGGAUGUGACGGCGACGCUGGAAACACAAAGUUAACAACUAAGCCUCAUAAAAAGGUAUCCUGGAACCUUACGGGAAACAUCUCAGCACCUCUCCAAAGCUCCGUGGCCCCAUUACUUCCGGCCCAACACCUACAAUCAGCUGCGGUUCCUGACACAUUACCACAGCAAGACCUGUCUACCAGCUCCAAACCACUCAGUGCACUGGAGAUGGCAGAAAGCGCAAUAUUUGUACAAAAAACUAACUUUGUAGCAUUGGGCGAUACGCCGAUCGGCUGCCAUGAACAACCCCAGACAGACACUUCCCGUCUUUCGGUGACGUCCAGCGGUAGCCGCAGUCAGGAAGAAUUUGUCACUCCCACAGUCUCUGAGAACACCCUGAAAGAACAUCAUGAACGAAUCCAGGAGCUUCCAACAGUUUUUCCAGCUCAGCAAGAUGCCGACCUCGGCGAAGGAAAGAUCAAUGAUAUGGAGGACCUCGCUAGCACGGACGCGGACCCAAAUGCACGAAUUCAGGAGCUGGAAGACUGUGUAGUGGCUCAGGCUCUGAAGUUAGUAUCCCAGGCCAAGGAAAUAAAGAGCCUUGUGGAAACCGUUAACGAGCUCCGUGGGACAAUCCAGAGUUCCUCGGGCAAGGGAUACAGGCCUUGCAAACGGAGCAAGGAAUAUACAGAUGAGAAGAUAUUCGAACCUCAGAAGGAUGAAAAUCGUGACCCGCGGUUGAUUUGA